GCAAACCCUAACUCCCAACCCUACUAUAUAUCUUUCUCGUCUCCCCUCACUCCCGCAGCCGCCGCCGCCCUCGAACCCGAAGCCCGCCGCUUACGACCGCCGCAACGUCGCCGACCCUCACAGCCGGUGGUCUCCUACCUCCGCCGCCAUGGGGAAGACACGUGGUAUGGGAGCUGGGCGCAAGCUCAAGACCCACCGCAGGAACCAGAGGUGGGCUGACAAAGCAUACAAGAAGAGCCACUUGGGCAAUGAGUGGAAAAAGCCCUUUGCUGGGUCAUCUCACGCCAAGGGCAUCGUUCUGGAGAAGAUUGGUAUUGAGGCCAAGCAGCCGAACUCUGCCAUCCGUAAGUGUGCUCGUGUUCAGCUGGUGAAGAAUGGGAAGAAGAUCGCUGCCUUUGUGCCGAAUGAUGGUUGCCUGAACUACAUCGAGGAGAAUGAUGAGGUUUUGAUUGCUGGAUUUGGUCGUAAGGGCCAUGCUGUGGGAGAUAUUCCUGGUGUCAGGUUCAAGGUUGUGAAGGUAUCUGGUGUGUCGCUGCUUGCUCUCUUCAAGGAGAAGAAGGAGAAGCCAAGGUCUUAGAUUGCUUUCGAUAGUCAAGAAUGGAGUAAACUGUCCAGGCUCUAUUAUCAAACUUAAAAGUUGUGCUAGCAACAGAGAUGUUAAUUCUGAGCUGUAUUUUUUGUUAACAUUGCUAUCGAGAGUUUCGUUUCCAUUUUGAAGAUAUUAAUAUGCAUCAGCAUGUGCCGGUUCACUGAGCUGUAUCUUCU